UCAAACCGUCUGCUACCAGUUGCUGUGAAGACAGGCUGUACGCCCGCUGAUCCAUUUCGCACGGCUACUUCAGCAGUCUUAAGUCUACGAAGAUGUCGGGCUGGUCAGUAAAUGAUCAUAAGAAUUACACAAAUCCCCCUGCAGCGGGGCAGAAGCGGCCGCGCAGCGAGACUGGGAACAAAGUUAUGGUAGUUCUUGGUGCACAAUGGGGAGAUGAGGGCAAGGGAAAAGUGGUCGACUUAUUGGCGACGGACUCCGACAUGGUUUGCAGGUGUCAGGGUGGUAACAAUGCUGGCCACACAGUGGUAGUAGACGGUCAAGCAUACGACUUCCAUCUUCUCCCAAGUGGAAUCAUCAACCCCAAAUGCAUUUCCCUCAUCGGUAAUGGCGUAGUCAUCCAUUUACCUGGUUUGUUUGAAGAGGGAGAAAAGAAUGAGAAGAAAGGUCUCAAAGGCUGGGAGAAGCGACUGGUCAUCUCUGAUCGCGCUCACAUAGUGUUUGACUUCCAUCAGGAAGUAGACGGCAUGCUGGAGGCCCAGAGACAAGCUCAGGAGGGGAAGAGCAUUGGUACAACAAAGAAAGGCAUCGGACCCACAUACACAAGCAAGGCAUCUCGUACUGGGCUUCGUGUGUGUGACCUUCUAGCUGACUUCAAAGAGUUUUCGGCCAAGUUCAAGCAUCUGGUUCAGCAGUACCAGUCCAUGUAUCCUGGUCUUAAAGUUGAUAUCGACAGUCAGUUGAAAAAGCUGAAGGAGUAUGCGGAGAAGCUCAGACCCAUGGUGAGAGAUGGGGUUCAUUUCAUGUUCGAGGCACUGCAUGGACCACCAAAGAAAAUCCUUGCUGAAGGGGCCAAUGCCGCUCUCCUUGACAUUGACUUUGGUACCUAUCCUUUUGUAACUUCAUCAAACUGUACUGUGGGAGGUGUUUGCACUGGACUUGGCAUUCCUCCCGCAAAUAUUGGAGAUGUGUAUGGAGUAUCUAAGGCUUAUACCACAAGAGUGGGCAUUGGGGCCUUUCCCACAGAGCAACUCAAUCAAAUAGGAGAGCUGCUGCAGACACGGGGUCAUGAGGUGGGCGUGACCACAGGCAGGAAGAGGCGUUGUGGUUGGCUGGAUCUGGUCAUCCUGAGAUAUGCCCACAUGAUCAAUGGUUUUACAGCUAUUGCACUAACUAAACUGGAUAUUCUUGACGUUCUGGAUGAGAUCAAAGUUGGUGUGGCCUAUAAACUCAAUGGAAAACGGAUCCCCCAUUUCCCAUCCAACAUGGAUGUUUUAAACAAAGUGGAGGUGGAGUAUGAAACCUUCCCUGGCUGGAAGACAGACACAUCAUCUACUAGGAAAUGGGCUGACCUCCCACCAAAAGCCCAGAACUACAUCCGCUUUGUGGAGAACCAGAUUGGUGUUCCUAUUAAGUGGGUUGGCGUUGGACCGUCCAGAGAGUGCAUGAUACAGAUGUUCUAGAAUGCCUCUGCAUCAUCCAGAUGUUCUGGAAUGCCUUAGCAUUAUCCAUAGGUUCUCCAGUUCUUCAGCAUGUCGCUGAGAUGGCAGCUGACGCAUCUUGGAAGCAUCUCAAGUCCCAUCUGCCAUCUCCAUCUAAACACCAGACGGAAUGAAACAUUACACACACCUAGGCCUACAUUUACUUUCAUUUUCAUAGGCUGUCCUUUCAGCUUAAACUGUUUUCAGAGGGCAUGGCAUAUUAAUGACCUCAUCCCAGAAUCAGAGUUAUGGACACAACAACACUGAAAUGGCUGGUCCUCUGAUAAGGAACUGUCUAAAGGUUUACAGAAGGCAGUGUUUUACUCAGAAACAUAGUUGUUGUGGAACCAGUUUUUUGUUAAUCCCACUGCUUGUUUGCACUAUAAAUAUGUGUGGGACAGUUAGCCUACUGAGUUAGUUUCAUGUGACAUGGGGCUUUCUAUUGAAGUGUUAUCCAUUUUUCAUGGACAGUCACUUUUGAUGAGGCAUUAUCUUGACAUUAAAGUGUCAAAACAAGAAGUAUCUCUGGCAUCCUCAUGUUACUUUGUAUUUUGUGUUGGGAAAGUUUGUUUGUUUGUUUUCUCAUAAUAAUUAAACGGGAUAGUGUACUUUCUACAUGCAUGAAUUACGUUGAACAGUAAUGUUUUAUUCUGUUGACUUUUGUUGUUGAUGAUUAUGUUGUUAUUAUUAAUUUGGUGUAAUUUGGAUAAGGGAUUUUGGCUUUGCAAUAAAUUCCAAUAUAUGUUAGUGUCA